UGGCCCCGGCCCGGCUAGGCCCGCGCCCCGCCAACGGCAUAGACCCCCCCCCUCCACCCGGGGCCUGGCCAGGCCCGGCUCUCCGCAGAAUUGCUGGGACUGGUGCGCAGGCGUGGGAGUCCAGAGCCCCUGCAGUCCUUCCAGGAGGAUCAAGGUGACCACUCAGGGCCCACCCAGCUUCUCCUCACCUGCUGGCGGCCAUGAACGACGUCGCGAUUGUUAAGGAGGGCUGGCUGCAUAAGCGAGGAGAGUACAUCAAAACAUGGCGGCCACGCUACUUCUUGCUGAAGAGUGAUGGGAGCUUCAUUGGCUACAAGGAGCGGCCACAGGAUGUGGACCAGCGGGAGUCACCCCUCAACAACUUCUCAGUUGCACAAUGCCAGCUGAUGAAGACAGAGCGACCCAAACCCAAUACAUUCAUCAUCCGCUGCCUGCAGUGGACCACGGUCAUUGAGAGAACGUUUCACGUGGAGACCCCCGAGGAGCGGGAAGAAUGGACCAAAGCCAUACAGAUGGUGGCUGACAGCCUGAAAAAGCAAGAGGAAGAACUGAUGGACUUCCGGUCAGGCUCACCGAGUGACAAUUCCGGGGCCGAGGAGAUGGAGGUGUCUACGACAAAGCCCAAACACAAAGUGACAAUGAAUGAAUUUGAAUACCUGAAGCUGCUGGGCAAAGGCACAUUUGGGAAGGUGAUCCUCGUGAAGGAGAAGGCGACCGGGAGAUACUAUGCCAUGAAGAUCCUCAAGAAGGAAGUGAUCGUGGCCAAGGAUGAGGUGGCACAUACGCUUACGGAGAACCGAGUCUUGCAGAACUCAAGGCACCCGUUCCUGACAGCACUGAAGUACUCAUUCCAGACGCAUGACCGCCUAUGCUUUGUGAUGGAGUAUGCCAAUGGAGGAGAGCUGUUUUUCCAUCUCUCCCGAGAGCGGGUAUUCUCCGAAGACCGAGCCAGGUUCUACGGGGCAGAGAUUGUGUCUGCACUGGACUACUUGCAUUCUGAGAAGAAUGUGGUGUACAGAGACCUCAAGUUGGAAAACCUAAUGCUGGACAAAGAUGGUCACAUCAAAAUCACCGACUUUGGUCUGUGCAAGGAGGGGAUCAAAGAUGGUGCUACGAUGAAGACCUUCUGUGGGACUCCAGAAUAUCUGGCCCCUGAGGUGCUAGAAGACAAUGACUAUGGACGGGCAGUGGACUGGUGGGGCCUGGGAGUGGUGAUGUAUGAGAUGAUGUGUGGCCGGCUGCCCUUCUACAACCAGGACCACGAGAAGCUGUUUGAGCUGAUCCUCAUGGAGGAGAUCCGAUUUCCCCGAACGCUCUCCCCAGAUGCCAAGUCUCUUUUGUCGGGGUUGCUGAAAAAGGAUCCCAAGCAGAGGUUAGGUGGGGGACCAGACGACGCAAAAGAGAUUAUGCAGCACAAGUUUUUUGCUGGCAUUGUAUGGCAAGAUGUCUAUGAAAAAAAGCUGGUGCCUCCUUUUAAGCCACAAGUCACGUCUGAGACAGACACCAGGUAUUUUGAUGAGGAGUUUACAGCCCAGAUGAUCACAAUCACCCCUCCUGACCAAGAUGACAACAUGGAGUGUGUGGAUAACGAGAGACGGCCCCACUUUCCUCAGUUCUCAUACUCUGCUAGUGGGACGGCGUGAUGUGUGGCCACCCCGCCGGCAUCCAUUCUGAAGCAAACACAUGGAGGGCCAGACUGCAUUCGGGGGACUUGGGCUUCAGCAGACACUAGGGAACUUCUUGUGUUACCUGACUUACGAACGAUGUUGCUUUGUACAACACUUUAGAUUAAUUUCUAGGAAGUUUCACCAUUGAUUUGUAUUUAAAAAAAGAGAAAGAAAAAUUCUCUGAUGUGUUUUUGAGAGGAACCGAAGCAAUUAUGAUGUUGUCAUUUUCAUGCCAUCAGGACCUAAGGGUCGGAAAGAACAUGUUAAAAAAAAUGUUCAUUUUAGGAAUAAGACGUCUAACAUAUCAGCCAGUUUGAAUAAGAAAAAUCCCCCUCAUCUUUUUAUUUAUUUCAUCUAGCUUUUUUUUUUUUUCACCUCUAUGUUGCCUCGGCACUCAGAACACCCGGGUGGAUGGAUUUAGAAAGAUGUAAAGACAUUUGUCGCUAGUGCAAUAAUUAACCUCAGCAGCAAGAUGAACAGACUCGGAGGGCCGAGGAGAGCUCGGGGGUGGGGUGGGGGCGGAUCCUCACCGCCCAUGCAGAGAGACCGCCUCCCAGAAGGAGCCGAGCCAGUGGCCUCAGGCCCUCUACAGCCCCAAUGCGAUGGCCACAACUCCUGAUGUGGGGCGAGCGGGAUGGUUCAGGGAGGCUAAUCGAGGUUCUGCAUAGGAAGUAAUCCUAAGUUGUCAUGGGGAGCAUCUAUGGACUAGAUAACUGUUGGCACCAACUCCCUGGCAGCCUCCUCCACCUCCCCCUCCCUCAUCAGGCCUCAUGCCGCAUGGGCCAUGCACACCCAACCGGAAUUCCUCCAGUGAAAUAAAUAUUGGCACUGAGCCCCCCCUCCUAAUUCCUCAACUACCUUCUGAGGGUAGGUGGUGAGUUCCUGGAUGUGAGUAUGUAGGAAAAAGCCCCCUGUAACCUCCUAUAAUUGUGCCCAGGCCACAUUCAGUCUCAGCGAAGCUUUUUUUUUUCCUUGGGCUAUGUAUAACAAAAGUACUUGAAUUUGAUUUUUUCCUCUGUAUUCAAAGGAAUAUGAUGUCAAAGUACAUGGGGGGGUGUAUCUUGUUAACUAUAUUGUGGACAGGAGCUACUCUACCCCACUCCUCCAACACACACCAUCCCCUUCCUCACAUUUCAUUGUCCACAUCAUCUUAGUAACUUUCCACAAACAACAUCUCGCUAUGUUUCCGGCAAGUGCCCGGCUCUCCCAUCGUAGGUUAUAUUCUUUCUAGUUUGCUUAUGCACCACUCCCCGACUGUCCAACCCCAUGAAAUGAAAUGUGCUGCUGGCAUGAGAAGCUUCGGCCGCAGGGCACGCCUCGCCUCCCCCACCCCCACCCUCACCCCUCACCUCUGUCCAUGGCAUUUUUUUAUAAUGUUCAACUUUACUAUUUUUACUAUUAUAAUAUGGAAAAUUUCCCUCAGAAUACUUCAAUAAAAAUUGCUUUACAAGUUA